AUGGAGGCAUCGGAAGAGAAGAAGAAGAGGAAGAUGCAGGGUUUGAAGGCGACGAUGAUGAUGAUCGCUACUCAAUUGGCAACUGCAGGAAUCACCAUUUUCUACAAAUUAGCAGCAAAUGAUGGAAUGCAUAUCACCAUUUUGAUUGCUUAUCGCUACUUAUUUGCUUCUCUUAUCAUCUUCCCUCUUGCUCUCUUCAUUGAAAGAAACAAAAGACCCAAGUUAACAUGGAAGAUAUUCUUUCAAGCUUUUGUUUGUGCAAUUAUUGGGCUUCCGAUGGUGCAACUUUUAUAUGCCGAAAGCUUAGUUCUAACUUCCGCAACAUAUGCUGCAGCUAUUUCCAAUCUCGCCCCUCCCUUCACCUUCGUCAUUGGUGUUUUGUUCGGCACGGAGAAGGUGAAAAUAGGUACAAAGGGAGGGAAGGCAAAGGUGGUUGGAACCCUUGUGGGGGUGGUUGGAGCCAUGGUUCUUACGUUCUACAAAGGUCGUCAGCUCAACAUUUGGUCAACUCAUUACAACGUUUUGCAUGGCGAUGGACACGUGGCAUCAACCCAUAAGACUUCCACUCAUCAUCUCAUUGGCUCUCUGUCAGCACUCGGUUCUUGCCUUUCUAUUGCCCUUUAUUUAACACUUCAGGUUAAAUUAAGUGCCGUUUAUCCAUGCCAUUAUACAAAUACGUUUUUGAUCACUGCAAUGGGUUGCAUACUAUCGCUUGUUUUUGCUCUUUGUGUCGAGAGAUCUUGGAGUCAAUGGAAGCUCGGUUGGAACAUCAGACUGCUUGCCGUUUUCUUUAUGGGAAUAGGCUCAACGUUAACGAUUCUAUUCCUCACAACAGCAAUACAUCUACAAGGCCCGUUAUUCGCGGCAAAUUUUAGUCCUUUGUCGCUUGUAUUCGUGGCAAUAGGUGGAUCUCUUCUACUUGACGAAAACUUGCAUGUGGGAAGCGUGUUAGGAGCCGUGAUAAUCAUAGUUGGGUUGUACAUACUCUUAUGGGGUAAAAGCAAUAUGAUGAGAAUGUCCAAGCAAAUGCCAACGACGAGCUCAAAAGAUGGGAACGAAGCCCUAACCAUCAAUGCUGCCAUGACCGCUCUUGAUACUGUGCAUGUGGCUCGUACCUCCCUUUCGACUACCAAUGAAGACAACGAGAUGCCAUUGUCUACAAGGGAAAAACAGGAGGAGCAAAAAGUUACUAAAAAAUAA